AUGACCUCUAUACGAAUUAUUAUACAAAGUAGUUCUCAACAAACCUCUUUAACAAUUCCUACUCAUUAUCAACGAACACAACCUCAAAACUUUAAUAGAUAUAUUGAAGAUGCAUGCAAUGCUGAAGUUGACCUUGACUUUGAAUUAUAUGAUAAAGGAGAUAUUUUUCUCUU